GCACUCUGUACACCCUACUGCCCUACUGCCUUUUUCAUGAAUCAAUUUUGAGCAUUAUGUUUACAACGUAGUUAUUACAAUUAUAACACGAAAUAUGACUCUAAAAUGCCAAAUACUUGCAACUAUUACGAGCAAAGAAUGGAUUUACUAAUGGUCAUUUCCAUUGGAGUGGGUGUGGUUUCGAGUCUCUAUGCCGUUGGUUGGCUGACAACAUCUGUCCAUUUGACCAUCUGCUUGUUGACCACUUCUCUAGGAGUUGUCAUUGGAGCAUCGAUGGCCCUUGAAAGCAAACAGCAUAAACCACAAGCGAUUAGGUCACCAAGUGUCACAAAGUCUCUUGCUAUGAAAAUGAUUGAGAAAAAACAAUCUUUGGACUUUGACAAAACAAAGGUUGUUAUAUCGCACAAUCUUGAUGAGGCCAUCAAAGAGGUACAAGACCUAGUAGUUCGAGAUUACGUCCAUUCGUGGUAUGAUGAAAUCGGCAAGGACCAGAAGGUUAUGCAAAGUAUGGAAGCUGACAUUUGGAAAGUAAUUGGCAAUGUGUCUCUAAGGCUUGGCAAGGUUGACUUGGUGACUGUCAUGUCGCAGGAUAUUGUCAACAAACUAUGCCAACAUUUUCAAGAGAUAAAGGAUGCUGCGAUCAGGCCAAAAGGUUCUGGACCUCGACCCAAAUUUCUCCUUCAUCCUUGGCUUGUCAGUGAGGAAAAAGAACUCACCUUUGUGAGGAAGGUUUCCGAGGUGCUCCUUCUCCAUGUGUUACCCAAAGAGUAUGCCAUGUGUAAAGCUUCCAGAGAAUUACUGCGGGAGAUUCUUGCAUGCAGAGUGAUGAAACCCAUCAUUGACUUGAUGUGUGACCCGGACUACAUCAACCAGAAAAUAUUUGAUUUUUUUGACUAUCGAGAAAAACUUGCCGCAGAGCAUCAGCGGACGUAUUCCCAUGCAGCCAGCUAUGAGGAUUUCGUCAAGAUGAUCAGGGCUUGUCAGGAUAUUGAGCACUUGAAACAAAUCAGAUACUAUAUAAUGUCAGAGGUGAUGCAGGCUGCAACAAUCAACAAUCUUAAAAAGGAGAAAGGAAUAGAUGCUGGGAAAAGUCCUGCAGCUAAAGGCACUACAAAGGGUCACCUAUUGAAAGCAAGGGACCUUAAAAAGUACAUUAAUCAGCUGACAGUGUGUAAGGUACACUGUGAGAAGAGGAUCCGACUGUUGGGUGGUCCAGACUAUCAAGGAUAUGGGGAAGAUGGAGAGAAGGAGCAAGCGGAAAAGAUACCAGGAAAAAAGGUGCUGUCUUUCCAAGUGAUCAUGGAGAACCCCAAACCAAGGAACUACUUCAUGAAGUAUUUGAAGAAAGAUGACAAACAUUCACUUCUUGGUUUCUGGUUAGCUGUGGAAAACUUCAGGCAUACUGACAAGAGUCGAUGGCAUCAGCUGGCCAGUGAAAUCUUCCAGAUGUAUGUCUCAAGUCCAAGUAGUGUUGUCAAAGUGAGCAGGAGUGUCAUCAAGGCAAUGGAGGGCUUCAUGAUUGGUGACAAGGGGCCCGAGGCAUUUUUCGGUGCUCAGUCCCAAAUUUACCAAGAGUUAGAAGAGCACCAUUACCCCUCGUUUAUCGUGAGUGAUGUCUACCACUCCUAUGCAGGAGUCAUGGAAGAGGCAGCGAUAGAUGAAAAAGAUUCCUCCGACGGUCCUGCAGGAAAAUUGAGCAAGUUGAUACGAACAAAGUCCAUGUCUACAACAGAUGGUGCAUUCAUUGCGGGACAGUCCGAGUAUGCCAGAAGGAAGUUGAUUGCCCUUGACGAGAAGUUGGAAAAUAAAGGGCGGGCCCUCGAUGCACUGAGGCAGUCCCAUCAACGCUCAGACUCCAAGCGGUUGAAACUUCAAGAGGACAUUGAAAAGGAGAUGGAGAUGUUAAAGAUUGAGAAACAAAACUUGGAGUUCCAUAUUGAUAGGACAAGUAUGUGGUGUGAUAAUGUUGGCAAAUGGCAGGCUGUUCUACAAAAUGGUGAUGUAUCUCAAGAAGGCAGUGAGGGGCCGAUGGUCUCUUUCCUCCUUAUUGUCCACUUGUUGGGGAAAUCAUUUGAGGAAGCAGCAUCGCAGCCUGGUGGUACUCAUGGAUGGGUCAUCUCAAGAAACCUCGCUGACUUCCGCAAGCUGAAUGAAAACCUUAGCCAGAUCAGUCCUUGGUUAGCGAAGAGGGUUUUACCAUCUGUCAGCAAGUUCAGGAUCAAAGCGAUAGACAAGACAUUCCUGGAUAAAGCAAAAGAGACAUUACAAGAUUAUAUGAAUACGGUGCUAAAAGAUGAGAGACUUGCUCAGAAUGAAGCUGUAUAUGAAUUCCUUAGUCCAAGUCCCCAGCAUCUAAAGCAGGCUGUUCCAGUUGAAAACAAGAAGGUUUUCUCUCUACCUAGUGUCUUGAAAAGUCAAACAGCGGAUGCUGAUGAUGAGUUGCUCUUCCUGGAUGAUGAUAGCACGAAGGAUGACAGUGACAAAGACUCGAUAGCAGGCCCUCUCUAUGGUCUUAUAAGUGAGGUGUUUGAAUUGAAAGGCAUCUUCAAGUGGGUUAGGAAGUCCUUUAUAUCAUUCGUCCAGGUCACAUCUGGGAGGACUAUCAACAGGCAAAUUCGUGAGACCGUUGACUGGAUAUUUUCCGAGCCGAUGCUCAUCUACUACAUCCACAAUUUAAGGGAUUCUAUGUGGCCAAAUGGGAAACUGGCGGAGUGGGGUCCUCCACACAGUGAUGAAGAGAAGAUGAGGACAAGGAUGAUGGCCAAGCAGAUAUUUUUAGAAAAUAAUCCAGAUUUCCUGAAGAAUUUAAUAGGCGAGAAAAACGCCAAGCAAGGUGCCAUAAAGAUGUUCGAGUCAUUGCAGGAUGUAAGACUGAACAAACAUCUAUUCUAUGUGAUUCUUGAGGUCCUUCUCCUGGAGAUUUGUCCUGAAGUUGCUGACUCUCUCCCGCAGCCAUUACAGCAGGGGGAGUAUGGAAUGAUAGUGUGACAGCCACUGAUGCAAAGUGUGGUACGAAAUGGAACUGCCAUUAAUGUUGGAAGAAAAUGUGAUGGAAAAUUAAAGCUUCUUGUAAAACAGGGGUUGUGGAAUGGUAAUGAAACAGCUGCAUUUAUGAAUUGUUGAUCAUAGACAGAAUAAUGGAAGGAAACAUAAAAUUAGUCGUAAGGAUCAUUUCAAGGCCAUGUGUGUGUUUGUGUGUCAGUGGAUGUGAUAAGAUUGUAAAUAAUGCAUAGAUGAAUAUAUUUUUGUAUAUAAUACUGUAUUUUUAAGGAAUGCUGCAUUUGAUGGCUUAUCAACUUGGUCACAGGUUGUUGACUUAGUGCCAUCGCUAAUA